UCCAAAAUGAUUAGACUAUCUAACAACAUCUUGCAUAUACACCCUUAUUUUAUUUUAUAUUAUAUAUUCUCCAUGCAUAUGCGACUGAAAAUAGAAAGCACUCCCCUGAAUUAGCCUUUCUUUGACAGCACCCUUUUUUGAUUAUUUCUCUCUCUCCUUCUUUCUCUCUCCUCUUCUAGAGGUUGAAACAAGAGCUGUAUGAAGAAGCAGCUUCUCCAUAAACACAAACCAACUUCAUUAUUUGCCAUCUCUCUCUCUCUCUCUCUCUCUCUCUCUCUCUGUGGUUGGGUUAAGUAUACUUGAAAACCAGUCCAGUUCAGCUGAAGAGAUAAGCAUAAAACAAGGAAAAAAGAAGAAGAGAUCAAAUCAAAGCUUCUGUUUGCAUAAGAAAUGGUAUACCAUCAGAGAUAUCAGCAGAGGAAAAAGGGUGAAGUGGGUACAAAAGAAGAUGAAGAGUGUCAGGCCUUUAUAACGGAGUGUGCAAAUUCUGGUUACUACAAAAGAACAAGGCCCAAGCUUCUCUCUUUCCUCUUACUCUCUCUUCUCUCUUGCAGCUUCAUAUUAGCCCCUCAUCUUUUUUACUCCGACGCCACUUUCUCAUUAUAUUCACUAGAAGUCGAAAAUGAAGGCCUUGCUGCUGAUAAGGUUGCAAAUGCUCCCUUGGGUUCUUCAAUCUCUAACGGAACUAUAUCUUGUGACAGAAGCAGUUUCCGGUCAGAUAUUUGUAUCAUGAAAGGGGAUGUAAGAACACAAUCUCCUUCCUCUUCUAUCUUUGUCUACAGGUCCAGAGACAAAAGUAGCUUCACAAAUUAUCUUUGGGGCCUCGUUGAGGAACACGAAAUCCGGGAAGAACUUCAACAGGAAAAGAUCAAACCAUAUACUCGGAAAUGGGAAACAAGCACUAUGGACACCGUCACAGAAUUAGACCUCAUUGCAAAGAAAGAAAGUCCAGGCAUGAAACAUCAUUGUGAUGUCCAGCAUGAUGUUCCAGCAGUGUUUUUCUCAACUGGAGGAUAUACUGGUAAUGUUUAUCAUGAAUUCAAUGAUGGCAUUUUACCAUUGUACAUUACUUCCCAGCAUUUGAGCAAGAAGGUUGUGUUUGUGAUUCUUGAUUUUCAUAAAUGGUGGCUCAUGAAAUAUGGAGACAUUAUUUCGCAUCUAUCGGAUUAUCCAGUAAUAGAUUUUAGUGCAGAUAAGAGAACUCAUUGCUUCCCUGAAGCCAUUGUUGGUAUGAGAAUUCAUAAUGAGCUCACUGUGGAUUCUUCAUUGAUGGACGGAGACAAGAGCAUAUUAGACUUUCGCAAUCUUCUAGACCGUGCUUACAGGCCUCGAGUUAGAAGUCUGAUCCGCGAACAAGAAGCAAAUCAGAAGCUGUCUGUUUCGGUGUCUGCCACGUCGAAAAGCUCCUUACGAAUCAAGAGAAAAGUGCAUGAACAUUCACUGAAGAGGCCUAAACUGGUUAUCAUAUCUAGAAACGGAUCAAGGGCAAUAACCAAUGAGAAUUUGCUGGCUAAAAUGGCAGAGAAAAUUGGGUUUCGAGUUGAAGUUUUGAGACCCGAAUCUUCGACAGAGUUGGCAAAGAUUUAUUGGGCUCUUAAUUCUAGUGAUGUCAUGAUUGGAGUUCAUGGUGCUGCCAUGGCACAUUUUCUGUUCAUGAGGCCUGGCUCUGUGUUUAUCCAAGUCAUCCCUCUUGGAACUGCAUGGGCAGCAGAGGCAUAUUAUGGGGAACCUGCAAGAAAGCUUGGCUUAGAAUACAUUGGUUACCAAAUUCUUGCCACAGAGAGCUCAUUGUAUGGCAAAUAUGGUAAAGAUGAUCCUGUUGUGACAAAUCCAAGAAGUGUUACUAAAAAAGGAUGGGAAUACACAAAGAAGAUUUAUCUUGAAGAUCAAACUGUGAGACUACACCUCAGAAGAUUUAGGAAGCAGUUGGUUGGUGCUUAUAAUUAUACCAUUGAUAGAAUAUGACUCAGCAUUUCUAAGUCACUGUCAUUUCAUUGAUUUCAUGUGAUUUUUUUUUCUUUCAUGAAUUUUAGUCAUUCUCUACGUUGCCCUAGUCAUUUUGGAAGUUGUAGAUGGCAUAAAAUGUUGACUAGGAAGAUUUGUAUUGUAUGUAUAAUGUAUCUACUUGGUAGAAAUUGGUGAACAUAUGAGGUUUAGACAUUAAGCAUUAGUUGAAAAGGAUAACUUAUUUUGUAAAUACUAUGCAUGUGAAUAAUUUCUUCUAUGACUUUGUUGUUAUUUUUCAA